UUUCAUGUUUGUUUUAUUGUCUAGGUUUGAAGUUUGUGGAUGCAUACACUAUUUUUUAUAUAUAUAAAAAAUGAAAAGCGAAAUGCAUGAUACAUUGUAUUAUAAUAUUUAGUAUCUUUAAUUACUUUUGUUAUACUAACAAGUUUGAUCAUGAUUCCUUUUUCAUUCUAAACAAAUUCCCAUAAUUUUUUUUGCCUUUUUAACAGGCAACUUUUUUUUCUUUGUAAUUCAAACCCCUCAUUCUUUGGAAUCUCGAGAGAACUCCUGCUGCAGUCUGCAGGCUUCAUGACAGAAAGGAUUUGUUGCAUGGUGAUGAGGAUCAACAUUGACUGCAAUGGGUGUUAUAGAAAAGUAAGAAGAGCCCUCCUUGAUAUGAAAGAGUUGGAAACGCAUUUGAUAGAGAAGAAGCAGUGCAGGGUAAGCGUCUGUGGGAGAUUUGUCCCGCGAGAUGUGGCCAUCAAAAUAAGGAAGAAGACGAAUCGAAGAGUGGAGAUAUUGGAAAUACAAGAAUUUAGCAUCAACGAUGAGCAAACUCACGAAGAGAAGCCAUUGAUGAUCACUUCUAAUACUUGGAACCUUGAAUCCAACCAAACCCAUAUUGAAACCUGUGUAGCAUGUAUAUGAUGACUAUAAAUAUUGCAUAUGGAUUAAUUCAGUUGAUUUGCUUGCAUAUGUCGAGUGAGAAUAUACAUGUAAACUUCUGAUGCAUUAGUUAUGAAAAACUUGAUUAAGGGUUGUGAAA